AUGCAAAGUUUGGCUCGCAUCCGGAUCCUGGAGCCAGAAGAUCCGUCCACUGUCUCCGCAUCGGAACGAAGAGUCCGGCGCUUGCUUUCGCUCGCCUACCGCCUUUCGAUGUCCGUUUUCGUCACCGCUCACCUUUUCGAUUUCCUGUUCAGCAGCGUCUGGAUGCAUGGCUACAUCUGGUCGUUGAACUUGCCGAUUGACCUGGACAUGUCGGACAAGUCGGCCGGAGCUAUUGUUUACCACCAACUGGAACAGGUUGGUAGCAAAGAGAGAGUACUUCUAAUGUCGGCCAAGGUUCUUGCCAUCACUUUACUUUUACUAUUUUCCGGCUUUGCAUCCGGCAAGCCUCAAACUGUAUGGAGGCUUUUUCGAUUGAGUGCUUGCGUUGGAGUUCUAUGCGCUUUCGUACGAGCACUUCAGUUAAAACAACGUCUUUUCUCGUCACUUCAUGAAGGUUUCUACUGCUAUUUCAUCACCUUCAUAAUUGGACUUAUCCUGACUUUAAGGCCCUUGGAAAGGCUGCCUAAAACUGCGAAGAAAGAGACUACAAAGGAAAUUAACGAGCAAACGAGCAGCGGAGAUUUUGUAGAGGAGAACAACAACAACAUCGUCCCGGAUACAAUCGAAAGAAAGCAAAUCGAGUGA